ACCUAGCUUUCCACCACCGCCACAAGGACUGCCGCCGUCCGUCGCUCUCAGGCACUACCAUCGUCGUCUGGUCGUCUGUGCUUCUUCCUCCUUCAAGAAUCGCAGCUUCUUCUUCCUCGAGCUCGGUGCGUCAGUUCCUGGUAUUCAUCUGCUCCAUCGUGCUCCUGUCGCUGUCCGUCGGGCGCUCAGUCACCAUCGUCUUCGUCUGGUCGUCGCAGAUUCUUCCAACCCACCACCGUCUUCUAAGUUGUGUUCGUCGCCUGGCCUCUGUCUCCGUCACGAUUCUGCCCCCCUCUUCUCAGACUGCUCAGAAGAAAAACCCAUCUCCAUUCCAGUUUCCUUCCUUCGAGUUCAGAGAGCAGAAGCUUAACCAAGAAAAAAACCUUAGACUUCGACGAGCUUGGAUAGGCUUGUGCUUUGCUUGGGUUGUUUUUGGAUCCGGUAUAAGAAGAUCAAGAAUGUUGCUGCUGAAGAUUAUGGUGAUUUGGAUCUUGAAUCUGGGGAGAAGAAAGGGUUCUUUCCUAUGGUGUUAGUCCAGAUCCCCAUGUGCAAUGAGAGAGAUGUUUAUCAGCAAUCGAUUGGUGCUGUUUGCAAUUUGGAUUGGCCCAAGUCCAAGUUGCUAAUUCAAGUUCUAGACGAUUCAGAUGAUCCAAUAACACAGUCUUUGAUCAGUGAUGAGGUGAAGAAAUGGCAACAAGAGGGUGCCAACAUUGUGUAUCGACAUAGGGUGAUCAGAGAGGGUUACAAGGCAGGUAACUUGAAAUCUGCCAUGAGUUGUAGCUAUGUGAAAGACUACGAGUUUGUUGCAAUUUUCGAUGCUGAUUUUCAGCCUACUGCUGAUUUCCUUAAAAGAACAGUUCCUCAUUUUAAGGAUAACGACGAAUUGGGAUUAGUUCAAACGAGAUGGUCUUUUGUGAACAAGGAUGAGAACCUUUUAACACGUUUACAGAACAUUAAUUUGGCUUUCCAUUUCGAGGUUGAGCAGCAAGUAAAUGGGAUCUUUCUUAAUUUCUUUGGGUUCAAUGGCACCGCCGGAGUGUGGAGAAUUAAGGCCUUGGAGGAUGCCGGUGGUUGGUUGGAGAGGACCACUGUUGAGAACAUGGACAUUGCCGUUCGAGCACAUCUUCAUGGCUGAAAAUUCAUCUGCCUCAAUGAUGUUGAGGGAUCAAAUUGAUCUUGCAUGUAUCUUACAUUUUGAUUCAUGUGAGUCACCCGUUGAAUGGAAAUGCUGUUGUUGCUUUCAGAAUGAUCAGCUUGGGUGCCCUCUAUGUCACGGUGAGAAUCCAUGCUUCUGUUGCUGUCAAAAUUGGAGAAAAUAACAUCAACUUGAUGCUUAAAGUUCCUCUUUUGACACCGGAUCUUGUGAAGCCUUCAUUUCAUUGCUGUAAGGUACAAACUUUUUGCUUAGGGGUGGAACUUAGGGACAAUGAUUCUGAUGAUUGCUUGUGUUGUCUUCUUUUAUUUUUGGACUCUGAUGAUUGGUUUGUAGGUGAACGCUUCUCAAAACCAAACUUAUUUUGUACUCUUGGGCUUCUAGUCUCUGCUGUAUGGCUGGUGUUAUUGGUGUCCUCUCCAUUGAUGACCUGAGGGACUUUUGAGGCUUGCAUUAAUUUUGAAAUUUUCUUCAUGUUACUCUUAUCUGCAGAAUGGAGGCGUUGACUAAAAGGAUUUGUUGAACUGGAUCCUUUUGCUGUUUGACUUUCAAUAUUGUCAAGCAAUCUUCCAUCUUUGGGAUCAUUGGUAGAAAACUUGAUGCGGCCUGAUUUGCCAUUAGUCAUUUCUUUGGUAGCGGCAUUGGAUUUCCUUGAGAUUUGUGCUGGCUUCAUGAUGAUAAUUGGAAACUUUCUACCCCGGGGUGAACCUGAAAUAUCAUCAGUGACAAAUGUUGGGUUAGUCUGUUGUCUUGGGGUCUGUAGUUCCGAGCUUUCACUCAGACCUCUGUCAGAAGGGUAAUUUGUUUCCUAUUCUCUUGUAAUAUCUAGUGAAUCUUUGUAUCUCUGCAUUGCUUCCAGAUUCUGCUUAAGGGCUCUGAAAUCCUUUCCUGAAUUUUUAAAUUGAAGAUCUGCAAUCCUUUUCUAUAUUUCACCAUAUACAGAGUGGGAGGGUUUUGAAGCUGUUGUCAAAGUCUCACUUUCCUUGGAAACUUGUAAAUCAGGAUCUUGGCUUGCAUCAGGUUGCCUCCAUGGGAUAUAGUGGAAAUUGUGAAUUUCCGAUUAAGGCGUGGUCCCUUCUAGAAGUCCCCAAGCACUGGUUUCUUGUUAUGGGGGAAACUGGACUCUGGUGUUGGUUAAAAUCUCUCCGGUUAUGGCAAUGCCGUUGCUAUUUCUGGUCUUAGCAGUGAGAAUCCAGGUGUUAUCACAGUUGCAAAUGCUGUUUUUGGAUCCACUCCACCUAUUUCUCCUGAAGUUUUGAGUAAGGCUUUUCAAGUGGAUAAAAAAGUAAUUAACUAUCUUGAAAAACAGUUCUAAUACGAUAAUAACUAAUUUGAUAAAGUGAAGCAUCAUUAUUUCAUUCUAUUUGUACGAUAUAUUGCUUUGGU